GGAGCUGCAGGGAGACAUUGGUGUGCAGGAAGCCGGCUGGCUCCUCAGAGACCCUGUACGACGCCCACACUUCCGGACUGGAUCCUCUGGAAGCGGCUGGGUCGAGAUACAUCUGCCGCCUGGUGCUCCUUGAGAUGAGGAGAGGACGGUGAAACAGCGAUGCUCACCGCGCUCCGUUAGAUUGCUCAUUUCACGGGACAAAUUGAUUAAAUCGCCGCGGUAAUCCGCUUCGCACUCAGGGGGGGAAUUCAGGCUCCAGCCCUGCUUUCUGUCCGCUGUCAACUGUUGCUUAUUUCCACUUUAAAUGAAUCUUGUAAGGUUUAUGAACAACCGUGUUCCUCCUAACAAGAGAUACCAACCCACAGAGUAUGAGCAUGCUGCCAACUGUGCCACGCAUGCGCUGUGGAUAAUCCCCAGUCUAUUGGGCAGCUCGGUGCUGCACUUCCAGUCAGAGGACCAAUGGGAGCGUGUGUCAGCCUGGGUCUAUGGGGCGGGGCUCAGCUCACUGUUCAUCAUCUCAACCCUGUUCCACACUGUGGCCUGGAAGAAGAGCCACCUACGAUCUGUGGAGCACUGUUUCCACAUGUGUGAUAGAAUGGUGAUCUAUUUCUUCAUUGCUGCCUCCUACGCCCCUUGGCUGAACCUGCGGGAGCUUGGUCCCUGGGCAUGCCAUAUGCGCUGGUUAGUGUGGGUCAUGGCUUCUGUUGGAACCACCUACGUCUUCUUCUUCCAUGAGAGGUAUAAGAUCAUGGAGUUGAUCUGUUACACGGUGAUGGGGGUCUUUCCUGCCUUGGUCAUCCUUUCAAUGCCAGAGCAGUCGGGGCUGUGUGAACUGCUGGUGGGUGGGGCCUGCUACUGUCUCGGGAUGGUCUUCUUCAAAAGUGAUGGCAUUGUACCGUUCGCUCAUGCCAUUUGGCACCUGUUUGUAGCCAUGGGAGCAGCCAUACACUACUACGCCAUCUGGAGGUACCUCUACGCCCAGCCGCCCAAUCAGGUCCAGACCUCCAGAUGACAUCAGCACUGACCUCACAGGAAGCUGCUCCUGUGUUUUAGCAAAUUCAAGGAGCUAAAGUGGAGUUUUCCUUUUCCCUUUUCUCGGUUCAGUCCAAUUUCAAGUUAUUUCCACUGCCAUUUUGUUUGAGUUGUGAUAGUCAGGGAUUAAAUCAGUAUUCUAAGAAAUUCCUCACUGUGUGGUGCACCUCCGCAUUCAAUGUCCUGGAGAUAAAUUGAGGGCAGUAUCUUGUUGUGAAGUAAGAUAUGUUUACAGUUAGAUGACUAUACUCAUAAUUACUUGUAGUACUUUAUUUCAGGUAUUACCAUCAACAUUUGUGUUAUUUUGGUUUUAUUAUGUUUAAGAGCCAACAUAUGAAGUUGCAACGGCAUUCAUUUUCUCUUUCGGCACAGAGCGCUAGAUAGUAUCAUAAUUAUCAUAAUUAUUAUUAUUGUUGUGAUUAUAAAUGAGUGCUAUCUAUUAAGCUAUAUGGUUUAGUAAUGGUUGCCGCAGUCUGUGAUUUACUGUGUGAUUUUCAAAUCAAGCAUGACAGUAGAGUGACAUUUUUAAUUUUAAUAAUGGGUAUACAGAUAUUCAUGGUUUGAGUCUUGAAGACUCCACCUGAGUGCUUCCACUUUUGCAGGCUUUACACAGUUCUCAUCAUAAAGUAUAAUUAUUGAAUUCUGAUAGUUUAAUGUUGAAUAGGUUUAGUAAAUUCAAGAUGUCAUCAUUAAUACAAUUUACACAGUAUAUAUUUACCUGUGAAGUACACUAUCACCCUCAUCUAGUUUUUCUUAAAAUUUUCUUUUACACAGUAGCUUUAGCUGAAUCCCAAUAUUCUCUCCAUCCUCUCCAUCCGAAUGCUGGAUGGGAACAUUUUGAUAUGUCAAAGCAACAUGGUUGAACCUCAGAGGGGAAAACCACUGUCUUAUUCAACACUGCCAGAAGACAGAUUUACUGCCGCAAUCAAUAGCACACUAUUAUAAAUAAACUAUGGUUCUCACUUGAAAGGAAACCGAAGCUAUAGUAUUGUUGAACAAUCUGGCUCAAUAUUAAGGCAUCUCAGGUGUGUGUGUGUGUGUGUGUGUGUGUGUGUGAG